AUGUCACCAGGUAUUCCCGGGCGUGUACAUGUCACCAUGUAUAUCCCCUCCAUUUUUGCAGCUGGAUUCAUCAUAGAGCAGGAACAAGCUCAUGAAUGGGUCCGCCGAUACGAUUUCGAGCCGGAAUCAGAGAAAGCAUACGUGCUCGUGGAGCUCGAUGCCGUGGUAACUUUCCUGGGCAUCCCAGACAAAGUGCGCGUCUUCGGUCUCUCGUACAAGUUCAAGAACUAUGGCAAGCCCACGUAA